GCCCCAUUCCACAGCCUUUUGCCGCCGCCAAUCCCACGAGAAAGCGUGUGCCUGGUUGCCUCGCUCUGUCUGCUGUUGGCUCCUCUGCUCGACUCUCCGCGGGGCGCGCGGCGUCGCCGCUUCCACCCUUUGUACACACGUCAUCCUAGUGUGGCAUAAUGCAGCUUAUGCCAUCUACAUCGCGCCUGACCGCGACCACGACGCUGGUCGCCUCGGCCCUCUUCGUCGCGCCAUACCUCUCGUCCACCUCGUCGCCGUACGCCUAUGCCGCCGAGAUCGACUCGCCCAGCUCUGCCGACCACAACCACCACCGGUUAGGCCAGGGCGCGCUGCCGCACACGGAGCUGUUUGGGGGGGAGGAAGGUGAAGAGGAGGGAGAUCUAGCCAGGCGCGGCGACGAGGGCUACGUUAGCUACGAGCCCGAGUUCUGGGGCCUGGGCAGGGACCUUAUCGGCAGGGCGACGACGGAUGCCUUGGUCGAGUUGGGCAAUAACCGGCCGGCGUAUGAUACUAUCAGCGCGAACUCGUCGCUGUUCUUCCACUUCAAAAAUUCAUCGCUCUGGGGCAACUAUUCGGCGGCGACGCCGGGCUUGCCCUCGAUCGUGGAUAAGCGGAGCCUUGCAGACCAGGACGAGGGCUAUAAGACUGAGCUGAAGAAGCGCGCAUUGGAUGCGCGAAAGGACAAGGAUGAUGGCGACGAGGACCAGAAAGGUAGUAGCAAAGAGGAUGAUGACAAAGAUGGGGAGGGCGAUGAAGAAGGGAAAAAGGGUAACGGUAACGACCAAACGGGGGACGGUGAUGACGAUGGCGAACAAGAGUCCCUUGGGUCGAGGCUGGUCUACAUCACCGUAAAUGUCUGCAGACAGCCCACCUCUAAUAAUACUGCCGCGGCCGACCUGCCGCAGCUUACGAUGUACAUUUCCACGUCCUCCAAGAACAAGAACCCAGGCCCCGAUUCGAACGCAGGAGAACAGGCGACGGCGACUUUGACCGGAGGCUUUGCGAGCUAUACGACGCGGGCCAACUCGGACGUCUACGUCGGUCUGUCGACGCCGGAGCUGCCGCAAAAUUAUUCGGGGCAUUGGACUUACGAGCUGGCCGCUUCGAUUGACCAGUCGUUCCACCGGUUCAAUGAGCGGGACCCAACGAACGCGUUUGUGUACCUGGUAGACAGCGACACGACCUCUGCCUUGUUCACGACGGAUAAUCUCACUCAAGCCAAUGCCGAUGAUCCGGUGUAUCAGGAGUGGAUGAAGACGGGAACGCCCUUCCAGGUGUAUGCCUACAACACGAACAGCACGGUCAUCAAGGGCCUUGAGCGGUCUUUCUGCGGGUUGCAGCGGGCGUGGGCAGACCAACCGACGUCGUUGUCCAACGGCAUGACAACCAGGGGCUCGGGCAACAAGCCCAAAGAGCAGUUCUACCUCAUGGGCUUGAACGGCAGUACCGAAUACUUCGGCUAUCCAGUCAUGUACGGAAACUCGACCGCGACCGGGCCUGGUGUAGUCGGCGGCGGCGGCCAAGUAUGGUCCCCGGUGACAUUCCGCACCAAGCGCGACCACAACUGCCAGGUCAUCUUCGACCUUGACUUCUGUUCUGAAGUCGCCUACGCGGUGCCCAGCAACCCAAGCCGCUACAACAUGAACUCGCUCCGCACGCUCUACGACGACAACGCCGCGGAGCUGUACCAAAACUUCAACUACUCGCUGCAGCAAAUCCCAUGCAACACAACGACAACAGCGCAAUACUCACUGGCACGCACGUGCGACGACUGCGCCCGCGACUACAAAAACUGGCUCUGCGCAGUAACGAUCCCACGCUGCGACGACUUCAGCUCGCCGCACACGUGGCUGCAGCCGCGCAACGUCGGCGCGCCCUUCCUCGACGGGCACACGCUCGACGACGCCGACUGGAGCCGCGACCGCGACCCAGACACCAACGCCACGCUGACGGACCGCCUGUACGCCAACAGCAGUCGCAAUUCGCUCAUCGACGACAAGGUCCAGCCCGGCCCGUACAAGGAGGUCCUGCCGUGCGAGGACUUGUGUUACUCGCUCGUGCAGAGCUGUCCCGCCCAGUUUGGCUUUGCGUGCCCGAGUCGGGGCCGCGGCUUGGAGCAUAGUUAUGGCAAUCGCGAUGGCAUUGGCAGCAGCAAUAUCACGUGCAGCUAUUUGGGCGCGUUUUACUAUGUUAAUGCUGCUGGGGCGGUGGCGGCGCGCAGGGCGCUGGUGCUGGGUGUUGCGCUUGUGGUGGGGGUAGUGUUGGGUGCGGCGUAGGUUUGGGAAGAUGGCGUAUGUAUGUAUGUAUUUAGAUCCUUUAUCAGAUUUCGGCAGGACGAAGCAAAGCGAGCAAAACGAAGAAGAAAGAAAGACAAGGUUGAGUUUCAUAGAGAGCGAGCGAGUGGGCGAGCGAGCGCGAGAAGACAAUAUGAGAAAGAGAGAGAAAGAAAGCAAGAGGAGAAGAAAAUGGCGUUUUUUUGCGUUUUUUUGCGUUUCUUUGCGUUUUACUAUAUGCCAGCGUAUUUCCUACUUACAUGCGUAUAUGUGUGCGGGUGUGCGGGUGUGCGGGUAUAAUAAAUAUAAACGAAUAAGGGAUGAGUGGAUGGGUGGGAUGGGAUGGGUGGGUAGAUAGGUUAGGCGUUGGAAUGGUGUGUGCGUUUUAGGGUUUGCGC